AUGAAACAACUAGUGGACACCCUGACCCUGGAGCUUGUGGCAGAGCGCAGCAUGGCCCAGAAGAGUGAAAAUGCACGCCAGCAGCUGGAGAGGCAGAACAAGAACUUGCGGGCCAAGCUGGGCGAGCUGGAGGGCUCUGUGAAGAGCCGGUUCAAGGCCUCCAUCACCGCCCUGGAGGCCAAGAUACUGCAGCUGGAGGAGCAGCUGGAGCAGGAGGCUAAGGAGCGAGCAGCGGCCAAUAAGCUUGUGAGACGGACAGAGAAGAAGCUGAAGGAGGUGUGCAUGCACUUGGAGGACGAGCGCCGCCAUUCCGACCAGUACAAGGAACAGAUGGAGAAGGCCAACUCUCGCAUGAAGCAGCUGAAGAGACAGCUUGAGGAGGCUGAGGAGAAGGCCACACGUGCCAACGCCUACCGCAGGAAGCUGCAGAGGGAGCUGGACGAUGCCACUGAGAGCAGCGAGGGUCUCAGCCGUGAGGUCAACACACUCAAGAGCCGCCUCAGGUAUUUGGAGCCCCCCACACACACACACAAACAGCUGUGUAUAUUGGCCAAAUUGAUGGUCCUCGUUACUAAUACCUCUCCUGGCCCCCUCUGUCCACUGCAGGCGUGGAAGCCCCAUCAGUUUCUCCUCCAGCCGCUCAGGAAGGCGUCAGCUGCAGGUGGAGGGAACAUCGCUCGACCUCCUAUCCGACGAUGAGGUGGAAAACAAGACCACGGACGCCAAUGCCAACGAGACGCCAGCAGCUCCCCAACCAGAGUAGACGCGCUCCCUCCAGCCCACACGCAGCAUGGCCUCCGCCCCACAAACCUUACCCCUGUCCUCCUAACCCCAGACACCAGCAGUGGACCCCACUACUCUGCCUUACCCCUCUAUGGCAAGCUGCAGGGCCAAGCAAAUCCAUCAUCUCCUCCAUAUGAAUAUACCGCACAUCAAGCCUUGGAUUCGUUUUUAACAUCAAUUGCAGAUAAAAGUGCAUUUAAAUUGCAUAGGCGUCUGAGUGUGCAUAGGCACUCGAAAACAAAUAGCAGGAGUUUACCAUAAUUAUGUUAAGCUACUUCCCUGGAACAGCCAUUAGAAUCAAACAGCCCUCUAGCUAGAAUUAACCACUGUCAUUUCAGCUGGUUUACUGGCACACAGGUGGACGACUGCACACAAGUCGGUAAAAACAUGUGUCUUUCAUGAUUGUACAGUAUUGGACCAGGAUAUGUAAAACAAAGCACAGCAGGGAAUUAUUUUUAAAUGGUAGCCUAAAUGAUGAUCCCAUUGAAAUGUUUUCAUCAAAACCACCACUGUCAUAGAGAUACUGCAAUCCACUUAGUUUAGUAUAAAAAUAACUAUGUGAAUAACUCUUUAGUAGCAGGUUUGUAGUAAAUUAGAUUGUACCACGCCAUGUUGCCUCAGCAUUCCCCCUAUAUAUAUGACCAGCAAAAGACCCUGUUAACUUUACCAAUAUAACCUUGUCCAAUAACCCACCAUUUUAUAUUUGACAUAUCAAUCUACUUUAAGUGGUGUACGAUAAUGUGUGGAAUUAGGUUUGUCAGACUUGGAGCAAAGGCCCUUUUUUUUAGACAGACAGCCCAAAUGUGUGCUUGUCA